AAACACAAAACAACCUAUCUGGCUUACAUAAGCUUCCAACCCAUGGUAGGUAGGUCUCAGCACCAUUUAUGAGCCAAGUUAUUAUCAUCUCUCUUCAAGAUUUACCCUAAUGUCGUCUCGUCGAGAAGGUCGCGACUCUGACUCUAAACGUCACCGUUCUCGAUUCGAUCAAGAACCCAGUCCAAAGAGAUCUAGGAAACACAGUAGACAAGAAACUGAGAGGCCACCUACCGCACACAAUUUAGAUGGUGGAAACAAUUCAGAACGGGAUUUAAAAUACCACCGUCGGGUGCAAGAUACUGUGCCUCUUGAUGCUCCAUCAGCACAAGAUUCGAAGUCAGAAAGAAAUGCGAGGAAACCAGCUGAUAUUGUAACAGUUAAAGAUGACGGGAUCAAAGGUUCUUCUGGUCCCAAUGAAGGAUCUCGUCAUCGAUCAUCCAAACACUCUUCAAAUCCAUCAGAAGUGCCUCGUUCUACCUCGUUUUUUCAGCACGAUGAGCGUGGUAGUGCUGGGCAAGUUGAUCGAAGCUCCAGGCAUAAGGCAGCAACUGAGCGAGGAUGGUGGAAAGAUGCGAUAGAGCCGUCAAACAGAGCCACAACAAAUGAUAAGCAGAUGUAUGAUGAGAAGAGCAAAGUUUCAGGCAAACAAAAUGAUGGUUGGCGCCAUGAUAGGUACUUUGAAGUAAAGGAAGAUCCUAAACCACCUGUGAAGAAAAGGUCAUUUAGGGAGGAAAAGAUUCCAGUGGAUACUGAGAAAGUUGAUAAGGCAGCAACGGAGCCUGUUAAGCCUAAUCCGUCUCACCCUGAAGUGGACAACGGAAGAAAGAAUGGAAGAGCUGACCAUAUGCCACGUCAUCCUGGUAGAUAUGAGAGACCAUUUACUGGUGAGAGGGAUGCAAAUAGGGGUGAAACAUGGAGGGGCAAGUUUCCAUCAAGAGACAGGUACCAUGGCAAUGGUGGUGACUACAGGGGGAGAGACAGAUUCAAUUCAAGGCAAGGACAAAAUCCAAGUAAGGUGGUUGAAAAGUGGAAACAUGAUCUUUAUGAUGAGGCAAAUAAGAGUCCAACUCCUAAGAAUGAAGAAGAUCGAAUAGCAAAAAUCGAAGCACUGUUGGCUUCAUAGCGCCCUUGUCCUGCUGUGAAGUGGUAGUUCCCUUUUCUUUUUUUUUUUUCUUUUUUUUGUGGUAAAAAAAGCUAGGGUGGAUUAUUACUGAUGGUCGAAGCUGUUGCUGUACAAUCCUCUCCCUUAUUAUUUUAGGCAAUGCACAUUUGUAUCUGUUGCUUGGUUUUGUGUUUAGUGGUACUCCUAGCAAUAUGAUUUUAGUGGUGGACUCGAAGAAAGUUGCUCCAGAUGCUGUUUUUGGUGGCGUGCUCUGUCAACAUUGAUAGUGAUGGCACCAAGGAUUUACUACAGCAUAGACCCGAUGUUCAUUUUCGAUUUCUUCUGUAUGGAAUUUUUGAAUUCAUCUUUGGUUAACAAAAUCUGCAGUAAAAUACCGUGCAACAUUAUCUUUA